AUGAAGGUGUUUUUGGUAUUCCUAGUUACCAUUGCUAUUGGUACGGCGGGGCCGGUGACCCACGAAGAUUCAGUGCUGAGAUUGGUGGCGAAUCAAUUCGUUAAUUGUGUUAACAGUGAUCUUAGUUUGUGUCUAAAGGAAAAUGCUCUUAAAGUCACAGAGCGUCUCGGCACCGUUCGGAAACUGACUCUCAUUGAUGGAGUGACUAUCCUCAACAAUAACCCUAAAGAAGCCAGGAGCUUGGACACAUUACCCACAGAUCCUGAAGCUAGGAACAAACAGGUUACCGAGAAACUCUGGGAAAAUGCAUCAGACCUUCUGAAGCAAGGUGAACUGGAGCUGAGCUAUGCUGGUGGGGAUGGAGAGGAGUCUAGGGCUAUUGAUGACACGGAGGAAGGUCGUGGUAAGAAGAAAGAAGGCAAGAAGAAGUUGAAACUGCUGAUCCCCCUACUUCUCCUCGCGAAGGCCAAGGCUAUCGCGCUCAUCGUCCUCUCCCUAUUGGUCAUCGCCGGAUCCAUUUACAAAAUCGCCGUGAUGGCCAAGAUCGCCUUCAUUGUCAAAGCGAUUACCUUCCUCAAGCAUCUUCUUCACAAGAAACAUGAAGAAGAACACGGUGGUUGGGCACCAGUGGAGGAACACUCCCACGGAGGUUGGGAUGGCGGCUGGUCCAGGUCUAAGAAUGAUGCCGGUAACCUCGCCUACUCACACUACAGAAAGUAA